ACCCGCCGAUGACAUUGGUUGGUGUUCGCGCUAAAUAUCACGAAUUGGUGGGAGUUAGAAUACAUGGGCCAUCGAAUUGGGUCCCAGUGGCUGAACAGUAUACGAGCUUGCCUUGUAAUCGAGCAACACCCAUUGGGCUCGAACCCUGGCAGUGGGUGUGUACUAACGAUGAGUCCCGAACUAGGACGAAACAGUUUGUUUUCUGUCGUAGUAUCAUGUACACGUUUUUUUUUCAGUAUGCAUUUUCUAUAGCGGCUAGAAGAUAUCUGACUACGUUACAAAGGUUAUUGGACCGCUCUACAGCUGUUAGAAUAAGAUAUGAAAAGAUUAUAGUAUUUUGAUAAUUGAAUUAUUCACAGGAUUGAUUGCUAGCCUUAUUUUUAAACAUAUAGAUAAUAAUGUAGGUAGGCAGGCAGGCAGGGGGGUCGAGUGACUUCGAUAAACCUCAGUUGAUCUGUCUGUGUCAUUUGUUGUCAUUCAGUUUUCCAAUUUGACUAAUUCACUACCCAAUACGCAAUGGUUUGCAAGUAAUAAUUACUCUUGUAACACCAGCUUAUUUAUCGAUUGUUCUUUCCAAAAGGAGAUUAAUUAUACUCACAUAUGCGUAUUUAUGUACAUUGUAUUUAUAAUGUGUAUCCCUGGACAAUGCAUCUAAUGCAUCAUCGAAUGACGUAAUUAGUCCACAAAGCAAUAAAUAUCAUCAGCAUAUUGAACUAAUCAAUAAGUUAGCCAACUGGUGCUUGCCUACUAGUCUUGGAGGAUUAGCAGUAAACUCAGUUGAUGAAUUAUUGUGUAAUAUGCUGAAUGAACUACACUCAGAUGAAAUGCUGCAUACACUACAGCAGCCUAUAUUGAAAAUCCCUACAUCUUCACCUUUAUGGCUUAAAUACUUACGAUUAAUCAGUUCACUAUUGGCUGAUUGUUUUCAUAUAACUUGUACAAUAAACAGUAUAAAACAGUUAUCGUGUCAUCAUCAUCAUCAAUCAACUGAGCUAUACAGCAGAAACUCAAUUCGGCACUUGGCAUUUAUACCGGUGCUUCAAAUUGAUAAUGUCAAUCAUUUAUUUCAAACACCAUUAUCCGAAGAAUUUUCCGCCUUUCAUCCAGCUGUAGAUAUUCUUCGUAGGAUUUGUGAUAAAACUACUGCAACUGAAAAGCUUCUAAUUAUUUAUCAGACAUUUGCUACUGUGGAUCAGAUUAUCAGUAAAAGUAAGCCUUGCCGGAAUCGUGUUCCAACAUUGCUGGAUGAGGUGGGGAAUUGUAGAAAUCCAUCAAUAUGCUCAGUGGAUACUUUGUCUCACUUGCUGCCUGGACUUGAUCAAUUAUUGCUGAUUAUUCAAUUUGUUGUCAUCUGGGUUGGUGUUAUGUACCUGGGCGCUGAACUAGCGUAUAUUGAACAACUGUCACCGGAACACUUAUCGCUUAUUGGUGGUGGUCUCUUACCCUAUCUAAUGACUACACUGCAAGCGUGUUAUGAUCAAAUUCUUCGAGAAGGUUUACAAUUCACAAUUCAAUUUUGUUAG